GGACGUGGCCAGGCAGAAACUAGUCUGUUUCCUGUUCCCACAGGAGCAAGCAGGGAGUCAGACACAGCCCUGAGUCAGCCUCCACAGUCAGACCUUUCUAAAGCACAUGGAUGGAUUUAGCAGCACUAAGUGAUGCUUGGAACGUAGGGAGGGAUGGGAGUGAGGUACUACUGUCCAGCCUGAGGCACAGAUGAAGGAAUGAAAAAGAAAAAUGAAACAAGCAAACAAAGCUGGGAGAAGGGAGAGGGGAAAUAAAGGAAAAGAAAGAACUGGGGUUGUGUGUGUGGUGAGGAAGAUACACAUGACAGAGGAAUGCUUUCAGCACUUAUUUUAUACCACUCAGUGGUAUGUGUGCUGCAGAUCUGAACGAUUCCGUAUUUGCUAGAAAAUUAGUUGUUUGAAUCUCUUUAUGAGACGUUUGAAUGUGUAGACUUGCCCUUUGUGGCAAGUUUGGGGUGUUCUGAGCCUUGAGGCAGAAACCUUUACUUGUUCUGAGAAGCUGCUUAGAAGACUUCGGGUAGAUUGAGAGAACAGAAACCGACCUGGAAUUAUCUGCAGAGAGAACCCUAAAAGAAAAGGGGAAUGAAGCAUUUGUCAAAGGUGAUUAUGAAACAGCCAUCCUGUGCUACAGUGAGGGUUUGGAGAAGCUGAAGGACAUGAAAGUACUGUACACCAACCGAGCCCAGGCUUAUAUCAAACUUGGGGACUACCAGAAGGCACUGGUGGAUUGUGACUGGGCUCUAAAGUGUGAUGAAAAAUGCACAAAAGCAUAUUUCCACAUGGGAAAAGCCCACCUGGCCCUAAAGAACUACAGUGUGUCUAGAGAGUGUUAUCAGAAGAUCUUAGAAAUAAACCCCCAGCUGCAGACACAGGUGAAAGACUACCUGAAUCAGGUAGAUCUUCGGGAGAAAGCAGACCUUCAAGAGAAGGAAGCCCAGGAAGCACUGGAUUCAGGCACGAAUACGGCCGUGACGACCAAGAAUCUUCUGGAAAUUCUUUCCAAGCCUGAUCAGAUCCCCUUGUUCUAUGCAGGGGGGAUUGAAAUCCUGACUGACAUGAUGAAGGACUGCACGGAACGAACUUUAUUCAGAACACACAAUGGAUUCAGUAUCAUCAGUGAGAAUGAGGUCAUAAGAAGGUGCUUUUCCACAGCAGGAAAAGAUGCAGUGGAAGAGACAGUAUGCAUGUCUGUUCUCAGGCUCUGGCAAGCGGUGUGCAGUGAGAACGAGGAGAACCAGCGCCUACUUGUGCUGCGCCCCGGCAUGGGCCAGCUGCUGCCCUCCCUCUUGGCCUCCAGGGUCCCGAACAUCCGGCAGCAGACCCUGGCCCUGCUGCUGCAGCUCGCCCAGACGGAGAAUGGACGGAGCCUGAUCAUGGGCCACCUUGACCUGACCGGGUUGUUGGAAGCCCUCGUGUCGUUUCUUGAUUUCUCAGAUAAGAAGGCCAACUCAGCCAUGGGACUGCUCACAGACUUGGCUCUGGAAGAAAGAUUCCAAGUCUGGUUCCAGGCCAGCCUUCCAGAUGUUCUCCUGGCACUGACGGGCGUGCUGAGGAGAGAUCCCCAGGUCACCAACACCUCAGCUCUCUGCCGGUGUAUUGCCAUUAUGGGAAACCUCAGCGCUGAGGCUGCCACCCGAAGACAGAUGUCUGCCUCUGAAGAAUUCAGGGAUGCCUGCUUGGGCCUCAUGGCCAAGUGUGAGGAGGAUGUGGACCUGUUCAGAGAGGUCAUGUAUACCCUCCUGGGACUCAUGAUGAACUUGUGUCUUCAGUCCCCCUUUGUCUCUGAGGUUUGGGCCAUGGAGGUGAGCCGGAAGUGCCUGUCCUUACUGAACAGCCAGGAUGGAGGAAUCCUCACAAGAGCUGCUGGCGUUCUUAGCCGCACCCUUGUUUCCUCUCCGAAAAUUGUUGAGGAGGCCCUCAGAGCGGGAGUGGUGAAGAAAAUGGUUAAAUUCCUGAAGGCAGGAGGCCAGACUGCGUCACGUUAUGCGGUAAAGAUACUCGCCAUCUGCACUAAUAGUUAUCACGAAGCACGAGAAGAGCUGAUAAGACUGGAUAAAAAGCUCGGUGUCCUGAUGCAGCUGCUGGGCUCGGAGGAUGAGAUUCUGGUGGGCAACGCCACCCUCUGCCUGGGGAACUGCAUGGAGGUGCCGCACGUGGCCUCGUCCCUGCUGACCACGGACAUCGUGCUGGUCUUGCUGAGGCUCGCGGGCGGCGAUGCUCAGAAGACGGCCGUGCAGCUGAACGCGGGCAUCGCCCUGGGGAAGCUGUGCACGGCGGAGCCCAGGUUUGCUGCUGUACUGAGAGAGCUUCACGGGAUGGAGAUUCUCAACUCUACCAUGAAGUACGUGGACAAUUCUUGAGAGACGUGGCGUCCGUGUGAGCUCUGGCUUGCUCCUGUGCCAAUAAAGACUUUCUGAAUAUCC